AUGGCAUUCAGAAAAGCGGCCUUAACUGAUUUUCAAGGCCAUCUCAAAGGUAAUCUAAUUAUAUUUGUUCAAAAUUACCUUAUUUUAGAUAUCAAACUUCAAUUACUCGAUCAAAUAAAAUGUUUGGAGGGUCGAACAGAGACUCAAGUAAAUAUUUAUCAUGAGAUUAACGACUUCUGUAAGAAAAAAGCGGAGAUUGAUCAGGAAUAUUCGAAACAAUUGGAUAAAUUGGUAAAAUCAGUAAUGAUCAAAUAUAAGAAUGAGAAGAAUAAGUAAGUUUUGGAUGGAAUUUUUUGACUGUCACCUUUAGAAGGAAUCAAUGGACUAUAUACUCUCCCUGUAACCUGUUCAUGCAACUUGUGGAUGAUACCAAAGAAGAGGCCAAGAAUAAAUCAAUGAUAGCUGAAGUGAUGGGAGCUUUUGCGACUCAGUCGAUUAAUCAGAAAUGCAUUCAGAUGCAGAAAAUUGCUAAGAAAGUAAGUUUUCUUCCAUUUUAGUUUAAAAUUUUUAAGGAUUAAAAUACGUGAAUUGUUACCAAAAUAUAUAAAUUUUGUUUUAGUGUCGAGAAAUUGGAACGUUGGCUCAAGGAGAGAUAAUCCGAGUUCUAAACGAACUAAACUUGUCUAUGAAAACAUACUUCGAAUGUUUUGAAGAGGCCCAGAGCGUGAAGAAUAAGUUAAUUAUGGCGGAGGAAAAAAAUAAAAACAUCGAAAGCAGCGGUCGAAAACAGAAGGCGCUUCAGAAGAAUCUGACCAAAGUAAGUUCUUAUUCAUAUCGAUUGGAUGAGACAUCGUUUUUCCGUAGACUUUAUACUGCAAUUAGUUUUUUUGGACUUUUAAUUAUUUUCUUUGAUUGUAUUAAUCUUAGAGAAGUGAAAAAUAUGAUGCAGCGAAACAGAAAUGCAGCAGAGCCAGGAAUGAAUAUCUCCUAUGCAUCGAUGCCGCCAAUUCAGCACUUCACAAGUUCUUUGCUGAUGAUUUGAGUGAUCUUAUCGAUUGCACUGACGUGGGCACUGACUACUGGCUCAGUUUGCUAUUGGAUAACAUUAUUAAUGCACGGAAAGUUGCUUGCCAUGGAGAGAUGCAAUCUUUGGCACAGCUUAACGAAUAUCGCCAGAGUAUCGCGGAAUGUGAGCGACAGAAAUGUGAUAAGCAAAGGUUCUUCGAGAGUCAGAACAGCACUUUUAUGCUGCCCAGAAUGUUCGAAUUUAAGUAAGUAGACAGUUAUGUUAUUGAGGAUUCUUUUUCUAGAGCCGACCCAUCCGAAAAUAUUAAUCAUAUUGCUCUGGAAGAUGGCCUAUGCGAGGAUCUGAAUAAACGACAUCAACAGAUGAGAAUCAGGUUAAAAUCGCUGAGAGAAGAGUCCGAGAAGACUUCAGAACAAUUGUUGAUGACACAACAGAGGAUAAGAGAACUCCUGGCUCAACAACAAGCUUUGGAAGUGACCAACAAAGGGGUUGUGGAUCACCGGCCAGCUAUGGAUGCAUCUGAGGCUGAAUUGGAUCAGGCUUUGGAUGAAUAUUGCUCGCACUUUAGCUUCUUCUUACUAAACGCCAACCUUAUCGUGAGAUUGGAGGCGAGGGCGGAUGGAAUAGAAAGGGCUUUGGAAUCGUUUGAUCCAGAGACGAACACCCAAGGUAAGUGUUGAGUGGAGUUAGUUUUAUUAUUAUUCACUUUACUUUAAAUUCUCUUAAGCAUAACCUCACGUUAUGUGCACAAAAACACAUGGAUAAUAUUGUUCUUGAAGUUGAACUAACGGAGAAUUCUUAAGACUUUAUUCUUACCGUUUCAGUCCAGUUGCCAGCUCGAGAGAACGGGGAUCAAGUGGCCGAAUGGCACGAGAAAGAACGGCGCAAACUCAAGAUCGGAGUCCCCAACAACUCUUAUAUCCAGAGUCAGGCUUCACCUCCCGAGCAUCGGACGGCGGAAUAUCGGCCCUCAAUGGGUUCGGUAGCCAAGAGCAGUUUGAGCAGUUUGUACGUAUAUUUAGAGGCAUUAAUUUGAUGUUAAUGUAUAUUAUAAUAUGCGUACUGUUUUAGGGGAACGGACUCGAAACAAACACCCCCAUCGACCCGUACUGGCUCCACUCCACCCUCGAACGGCGGUUCUGGGCCCGAUCUGCUCCCGAUCACUUCCCCCGCCCCUCAAAGAAGGUAUUCUCAUCAGCACCAUCCUCUCCUCAGACGGCCCCGCUUAUUCGGAGGGGCUUUGGACGAGUAUAUUCAUCUGACUGGGGAGCAGAUCCCCUUGAUCGUGACGUCUUGCAUCCGAGUCCUAUCCCAGUACGCUCUCCACCAUCAAGGUCUUUUCAGAGUGAGCGGAUCUCAAGUCGAGAUUAACAGGGUAAAAGAUUCCUUUGAAGAAGGUAGGAGACAUAUAUAUUGUGAUGUAAUGCUUUGUGGGUACAGGUGAUGAUCCCUUGCUCAAUAUCCGAAAUGCGAGUGACAACAACUCGAUCGCCGGUGUUCUCAAACUCUACUUCCGAGAACUUCGGGAACCCGUCUUCCCCUUCUUUAUGUUCGAAAGGAUAACCGACUGUGCCAAACUCUCCAAUAUUGAUGAAUUCAUCAACAAAGUAAGCGUUUUUAGUGUAGUUCUUUUGGUUAUGUUCGAAUAAUAUUUUGUUUUCAGAUAACCGAGCUCAUAAAUAAACUGCCUCCCCCCUCAUAUCUUCUCCUCAGAUACCUGUUUGCCUUCCUUAAUCAUGUUAGUCAGUUCUCCGAUGAGAAUAUGAUGGAUGCCUACAAUCUGGCCAUUUGUUUUGGCCCCACACUACUUAGAAUCCCCGAGACAAAAGAUCAAGUCUACUAUCAGAAUUAUGUGAAUGAUGUGGUCAAGAAUUUGAUCCUCUAUCACAAUCGAAUCUUCUCGAAUAAAGUCCCGGGUCCCUUGUACAACAUCACCAAUCCAGGGUUUAUUACUGAAGAUGUGGAACAAUUUGUGGAUGAGUCCGAUGAUAUGUACAACCAAGGUGUAGCCAGUCUCUCCACCACUGACACGAUGGCGACGGUAUCUACACUAAACGAGAAUGGAUCUACCAAUCUUAAUUCAUUGAGGUAAGCUUUAAAUUAAUAUCUAAUAUGAUUUGUUCUAGAUAUUCUUUGAAUAAUGAUCCAUGUUCUUCAACUCAAGGCGCAAUCCAUCAGAUUAGUCCCAAGAAUGCCGAAGAUAUCCCCAAUUUUUGUUAUUCCUCCUCAGAAAACAGUGUUAAAAGCGCUGUUCCCUUAAAUUCACGGAAAUCCGUUUGUAUUGCUGAUGAGAAUAAGGGAGGUGCAGAUGAAAGACGGCUCUCUCUUCUGGUUGGAUCUCCUGUGAGUGAUGGCACGCUCGUCGGAUGCCAUCAUCAAGCCAGAAAUAACAAUUACAAUAAUGUAAGCGCAGUGAUAAAUAAGCUUUAUGUGAUAGAUUUAUGGUCGGUUAGAUUGUGUAUUGAGUAACGCUAUUGUAAUGAUGGUGUGACUUUUAGAAGGGACAAUUGAAAGUGGAUUUAAAUCAAAAAGACGACGACUCGGGGACGGGUGGAUGUUCCCCAGCGGGAAAAUCGGCGGAAUCGGACUCUUUCAACACCAACUCUAGCCAGAAUAGGCCGAGUAUAGACUCAGGAAUAGGGAAUGCCAACCCUUACGCCGUCUCUUCUUUCCAAUCCAAGCCCAAGAAUAAUAUACCUCAGUCCAAUUCCAAGUAAGUGCCUCUUCUUUUCGCCAUUUCCCUUUUGAUCUGUGCCUCCACCUUUCAUUCCUAUUGCUCUUUGGAUUACUAUACUUUCCUUUUUCAAUAUCUAUUUUAGAGUUUAGUAUCCUGUCGUGUGUAAGCACCGCACCGGCCGUCGUAUUAUCUUCAGGUGAAUGAAUGUUAAUCUCUGUGUUCUCUUGCUUUAACAUUUAACAGUCCAGUGCAAAGUAACCCUUGUUUUUGUCAUUGUGAUCUGCUUUAUUUAUGUUUGUGUGGGUCAAUAAGUGAUAUAUUUUUUACUUCAGUACCUUGGGGAGAAUGAGAAUCCCGGUUCCGCCGAGGAAUGCUACCGAGACUUCGACCAACUCCUCCUCCAAUUUGAACAUGAGUCAAGUCUCUGAACCCCCUCCAUAUCAUCAUCUCUACAGCUCAAUCAACAAGUCGCGAUCAGCAUCUACAAGGUCGGGACAAGUGGCCUCUCGUAUCUCGCAGAUGGAGGAUCUCUGUAUUCGAGGAGUUGGCCCGCAGGAAGUAUCUCCCCAUUCUUUGGGCACGUUUUCAUCCACGGAUUCUAUCGACGAUCAUGGGAAGUUGCACAUGAUGACUGUCAAUCAGAAUGGCUUCAUUUGA